AUGGAUGUUGCCCCGGCGCUUGCGAAAGAGAUUGUGCGACGGCUCCUGAAACGCACGAAUGAGUCUACGGCGCUGAAUGUCACGGAGGAGCUGGCAACCUUUGUGGUGCGGCUUUCACUCUUCAACUCCCCGCAAAGCGAUGGAAAAGGAAACGUUGCGGAAACGCCGGAGGCAAUUGAGUUGAUGGCGGAAACGCUAUCAAACUACUUUGCCAACUGUUCGCCGCACGUGCUGGCGACUCUCUCGCUGCAGUGUCAAACGGCGGGGCUACUCAGCAGAUUUGUGAAGAAGCGUCGCAAUGAUCAGGUGAAGCAGGAGGCGGUCACACUACGCCUGCUGGGUUCCCUCUGUGAGAACUCUACACGCCUGCCGGAGGAAAUACUUAGUGAGAUAGCCUUUUUUAUUCUGCACCGCUACCGUCAACUGAGCGCCACCCAGGGGAAGCUGGGGCCGACGGGAGGAGACCGUGGGGGUCCUGCACGCCGUGCUACCGCGGUCACAAGUUCGGGAUUUUGCAAAUCAGACAGCGGAGGAAAAGAAGCAGCAGUUGGAGGAGCUGCGCCGCAUUGUGUGGGGUAUUCGCUUGUACAACAAGGCAGAGGGACGCAUGGAGGGGGCGGGCCUCGUGGCGCCGAGGGAAACAGCGGAAAAGUUUUUGAAUGCGUUGGAUAG